GUAGCAAUGGCCUCGUCUCUGUCAGCAUUGCUGCUCCUGUGCCUAGCGGCGUCAGCCUCGGCGCAGCUGUCGCCUAAGUUCUACGCGAGGUCAUGCCCCAAGUUGCUGGGCACCAUCAAGGGCGUCGUGACCGCCGCCGUGAGGAACGAGGCCCGCAUGGGGGCGUCGCUGCUCCGGCUGCACUUCCACGACUGCUUUGUCCAAGGGUGCGACGCAUCCGUACUGCUGAGCGACACGGCCACCUUCACCGGUGAGCAGGGUGCCGCCCCGAACAACGCGUCGAUCAGAGGCAUGGGCGUCAUCGACAACAUCAAGGCUCGGGUCGAGGCCUUGUGCCCGCAGACCGUCUCCUGCGCCGACAUUCUCGCCGUCGCUGCUCGCGACUCCGUCGUCGCGUUGGGAGGCCCUUCCUGGAACGUUCCUCUGGGAAGGAGGGACUCGACGACGGCGAGCCUGGCUCUCGCCAACAGCGACCUGCCACCGCCAUCCUUCAACGUCUCCGACCUGAUCUCCAACUUCGCCGCCAAGGGGCUCGGCGUGACUGACUUGGUCGCCCUCUCCGGCGCGCACACGAUCGGGCAGUCACAGUGCAAGAACUUCAGGGACAGGCUCUACAACGAUUCCAACAUCGACACAGCCUUCGCCGCGUCGCUCAAGGGAAACUGCCCCCGACCGACCGGCUCCGGCGACGCCAACCUGGCGGCGCUGGACACGACAACGCCCACCUCGUUCGACAACGCAUACUACAGGAACCUUCAGUCCCAGAAGGGGCUCCUGCACUCCGACCAGGUGCUGCUCAACGGCGCCGGUAGCCGUCGCACCCGCACACUGGUCGGGACAUACGCGUCCACGCCGUCGCGGUUCGACAGGGACUUCGCUGUGGCCAUGGUGAAGAUGGGGAACAUCAGCCCGCUCACCGCCUCGCAGGGGCAGAUCAGGCGCAGCUGCUCCAGGGUGAACUAAGCUGCUCUACGUAAAAUUCGGAGUGAUCAAACGGCGACCAAGGCUGUGUCACCAGUUGUGGGAUACAACAACUGGUACAAUAAUUGCGUGCUCCAAUUUCUUAGUCUCCUGGAUUGUCAUCUCAGCUGUGGAUUUCUUUCUCUCUAUUGGAGCCUCAUCAACUGUGGAAAAUG